GCCUGAGCUUGGUCGGGAGGGUGCUAGCCCACGACCCAGUAAGGCGUCGAUGUCUCAAGUCCUUGGGCAGGAGAUAUGGAUACCUCCAAACACGCCUGAAGAGGCGAAGUCAGCCUCACACGCACGCGAUAGCUUUGCGAGCAGCAGUGGGCGGCUGUUGCGAUCGGGAAGCGUACAAUCCAACGUCGUGCAGCCGUCAGCCAGAGCGCGAGAGAAGCAGCGGGAGGCGCAGCCACAACUCAUUCGCCCUCGACCGUCCGCAGAUCUGACUGGCAGGCGGAACGACGACCGUCCCUCGGCGGCCCCCUCUCCAGGCUGGCCGCAGGUCACCUCCGACGGCCAGUAUCCAUUCUCCACGCUCCCGAGCGGCAGCGUAGACUAUUCCCCAUCGCCGACCGAGCGGAGAGGAAUCCCCAUCAGGGGCUCUUCUCGUGCCUCGUCUGUGCAUAAGGGCUCGCCAGAGAAUUUGCGACAUCCAUUGAAGUCGGCGAACAAGGGCUCUUGGACGUACGAUUACAGCGCUGUAUCACCGGGGAUCCCGGGAGCCAUUAGGUCGCUGGCCAGCAAGCGAUCGUUUACGGUCGAUGAUGACCGGUUGCUCAGGCCAGUCCGUGACGCGUACGAGGCAAGGCCGGAGAGACCCACAGGAUCGCGCUCCCUUCACUCGCAGCGAUCGAGACAAGACAUCGACUCGGAGUACGGCAUCGAGACGUCCGAGAGACACGAGGACAUUCGCCGCAAGGUCGAGGAGCUUGAAAAGAUGGAACAGAAUAUCCGACAUAGGGAGGAGGAUGAAGAAGGAGGAGAUGCCCGGACCAAGGAGGUUGAGGCUAGGCGUCUUCUUCAAGUCAGGGAGCAGCAGGUCAGGCAGCGAGAAAACGAGGCUAGAAAGCUGGAGAACGACGCGAGGGAGCUGGAGGCUCUUGCAAUGCAGAGAGAGGAUGAGGCGCGGAAGAAAGACGACGCAGCCAGACACAGGGAACGAGUGACCAAGCGCCGAGAGGACCAGUGUCGAGGGAAAGAAGAUGCGGUGAGGCGCAAGGCGGGAGAGGUGAGGCUGAAAGAAGAAGAGGUGAGAACCAAGGAGGAGGCGGUCAAGCAAAUGGACGAGGAGGUAAGACAUCGAGCCCAAGCGAUGAGCGUGAUCGAGGAGGAACUGCGCAAUCACCGGGAGGAGCUCGCCCUGAAGGAAGGUGACGCCAGUCACGGCGUAAGGAGUCAGACAUCCGCAGGAAAGAGGAGGAGCUCAAGGCCAAGGGGCUGGAACUACGGUCACUGAAGGAACAUGUUUAGAUGCGACUCGAUGAAGCCCAGCAAUUAGAAGCCGAUGAUCUUACAGAGAGGGCUUGAGAGCGUGAAGAGAUCAUCAAAGGUGGCAGCGAGGGGCCGAAGCACAAAAAGCGGGACACAUAAACUAGCAAACUGAAGAGAGGAUGCGACGAGAGGUCCAGGAAGAAGGGCGCGCUCGUGCUGAGGAGAGGGCGAGUUCAGGAAGCACAGCCGUGCAACCGUCAAGAUACAUUGUCCAUAAUGUCCAUUGAUGUUACUAGGCGCAACAUUUCAAGUCAUGUCCAUUUGGUACGCUCGACGUACUCUAUCAAACAUCUCCGUAUAUCUCCCUCUUUCUAAUUGCCAACCCGUGGUCAUAUUCGUCAACUCCGAUUGCUGUAGGAC